GUUCAUUACAACAAGAUGGCCUCGAGAAUUCUUGCACGAUCUCGCCUUGUCCCAUCGACUCGCCAAAUCAUUAGCCGACGUGGUUAUGCAUCUGAGCAUGUAAAGCAUGCUGGAGAAGAACCCAAAUUCCAACCAGAGACCUUUGGUAGCAAUGCUUGGAGAAACUCCAUGUUCGUCGUCAUUGCUGGAUUGGUUUGGUACAGAGUUGAUCAACACAUCACCACCUCUGGCGAAGACAAGCAUCCCAUCACCAAGUGGGUUGAAUACCACAUGACUCCUGCCUCUGACAACGACCGUGUCGCUGCCGAACAUCUCGACCAAGCUGUCGCCAAGGCUGAAGAUAAGCUCUUAUUCCAAGAGGCUAAGCGCUCUCCUAUCUAUCGCAUGCGAUACCCAGAGUCCUUUGAACGCGCCAGCCCUCACGCCAUUGCCGUUGGCUCACAAGCUGAUCUCUCCGACCUCAAGGUCAAAUACAACUAGAGUGGAUGCCAGCAAAAAAAUAAACCCUGGUUGCUUGCUUGGUUCUACUGUUUAGAAUUUUUUGUUAUUAUAUAAAAAAGAAAAAGAAGAAAACUUAUAUGCCGUUCUGAUAUAAAAAAAGGUGUGAUAUAAACAAGAUAUUCCUGUUAAGCACUAAACGUCAGUG